UGGGAAAGGACUCAGCCUUGUAUUGUAUUUCAAACUCUAUGAAACUUAUGGGAAAGAUAUCUCUCCAUAGUUUCAGGACAGCAUCAAGAGAUUAGUAGAAGAUGAUAUGGAAACAGUUAAAGGAUUUGCAAAGGAGUCAAGAGUUCCUUUCAGAGAAAGGUUAACGAUUAUGGUUGGGGUGGUGAAUCCAUGUGAUCUUGUGUCGACCUCAAUCGAAAGGAAACUCUUAAAUGCAUACAAUGAGAAAUGGGGCCCAAAUUACUUUGAGAUUGAUCUUGACAUUCACCGCUUCACCUAUAUAGCAAGAAAGGGACUUGAUGCUUUUAGAGAACGUCUGAGAGAGGGAAUUCUGGAUCUUAGAUUGACAAUUCAGGCACAGAAGUCAGAGGAGUUGCCUGAGGAAGUCCUUUGCUGUCUCAGGCUAAACAAGAUUGAUUUUGUUGACCACGGCCAAAUCCCAACACUUAAGGAGCUUGGGGAUGACCCUUUCGUAGAGUAGAGCAUCCAUUGCAAGUUGU